AGUGUAGUAGCAUGGAUUAGGUGGGUGGACAAUGUUUGCAACUUGAGUCAAUAGUAUGUUGUCAUAUUUGUUUUCCUAAAUCUUCUAWUGCAUUGCAAUUCAGAGAAUGCUCYUUCCAACUCUGGGUAACAAAGCUCUUAUUUUUUUCGAGUAAAAUAAAUAAUUAAUGACCACUUUSUUCAUAAACACAAAACCUUGUUCCAUUAAACAUAGUGUCUCGACUUUCAUAGCAAAAGGUGCCAAGAAACAUGUACUUUCACACACUAGAAUAUCAGCUCACAAGUUCACAAGAUAUGGCACCAAGGAUAGUUUAUAUGCUUCUCAAUACUUGACGAAAGACAGURCAGAAUACAAUGCUUUUAACUAGCCUUUAAAACAGUGUGUCAAACCAAUUAAUUAUAAAUUUAUCAGUCCGCGUGUGUUAGUAUAGGACGUUUGACCUCGUCUUCAGCUCCCGACACGCGAGACGAAUAUGUAGUCCCUCUUGUCUGKAUCAAACCGCUUUCCUAUGCAUCGCUUGUGUGAACGACACGCUGGAACAGAUAUUCAGAUUAGGUGGAUAGGUUAAAAAAACAGUCCUCAAGAAACAAUAGCAAAAAGCCUAACUCUUUUCCAUGCGUGACCAUAAGUUUCAACCAACUGAACGUGACACUUAAUAGUACUUAGCAAAGACAACAUGAAAGUACUUAUUUAUGAACAUUAUUACUCGACAAACGAUGAUUGACACGAGAGAAAAGCAACUCCCCUGUUUUAUUGAGUUGCAGAAUUUUGAAUUUGACUGGUCGUUGUUUGUCAGACGAGAGGUAAAGAAAUAUCACUUUUGACCCAAAACAAGCCACGUGUAGACAUCUGUAACAAAAAACCCCUUCAAACCCACCGUAUGCAAAUACAUAUUUUGCUUGAAUCAAGCUCUCCUCGCCUCGGUGGAUAGGAAGUAAUAUCCCACGGUUCUCAAGCGUUCUUUUGUAGGCAUGGACAUCCAGAGCAUUUUGGACAACUUGGAGGAACUUCUUACUUGUCGUUUGUGUUCAAACAUCUACAAACACCCGAGAAUUACACCAUGUUUACAUUCGUUUUGCUGUGAGUGCUUGAAUCARCUCUCCUUCAGCAGGCCUUACCAAGAAUCAAUCGACUGCCCGAUUUGCAAGUUUGAAAUUCGUAAACCUGAAGGAGGUCGCUUUGAUUCACUACCACCCAGUUUUUUCUUGAAUCGUCUACUAGAUGUAUAUGUUGCCAAGAGAAGAAGYUACUCUGAGGCCAGCUGUGGUAAUUGUCAUAGAAAUCUAUUGCUCAAUUCCUUUUGUUUUUCGUGCGGUAGUUUUAUGUGUGAAGAGUGUCUGAAUGCUCAUCACAUUAUCACUCGAAACAGUGGCCACAGGACGGUCACUUUAGGCAAAUUGAAGAUCAAAGAUUACGAGGAUCUCCUACGAAGGUCUACGUUCUGUGCCCACAAAUUCAACGAGAGAGGAAUUGUCGAGUACUUCUGCUACGAUUGUGAUGCUUGUGUGUGCCAUGUCUGCAAUGUCGCUAUUCAGCAUAAACAUCGCAUUGUCGAUAUUGAUGAAGCGGCCAACGAACAGAAAAUAAAACUCCGGGAGGCAAACGCUAAAUUGAARACUAAACUCAAAUCUCUGGAGCUCGGAAUUAACAACAUAGAAUUCCGGAGUAUUGAGGUGCAAGAACAGAUUGAUUAUACAAAGAAGGACAUACGAACGAAAAUUGGCAACUUGAUUGAUAUUUUAAAGAAACACGAGGAAGACAUGAUCCAAGAGGUGGAACGCAUUYGUAAAGAUAAGCAAGAAAACCUGACAUUCCAGCUCAAGAUGUACGAAACAAUGCACAAACAAACAAAAGGAUCAAUCGACUUUACUGAAGAGCUCUUGGAACGUGAUUUGAGUGAGGAGAUAUUGACAAUCAAAAAUCACGUGUAUGGAAGGGCGGAUUUGAUGGAUUCCGUCGUGGUAGGGACCAAUCCGGCUGAGAAUGAACGUGUGGGAUACGUAGCUAACACCGAGGCUUUUGAGUCCAUUCAGAAGGAGUCUCUGGGCCACAUCAGCACCAGCCUUACAGAGCCACUUGCCUCCACAGCUGAAGGGAAUGGCUUAUCAGAUGUGUCUGCUGGUGAAGAAGUGUACUUCACAAUCAUAACCCGAAACGCACAAGGUGAAAUCUAUUACAGUGAAAUUGACCAUGUAGUAGUGGAAGUGAAAUCUGACAUGUGGGGACUGUUGGACACUUCAAUCAAGAACUACCGGGAUGGGACAUAUGAGGUCAGUUACAUUCCCCGCGUUCCUGGAGUCCACAGAGUCCAGAUAGAAGUAAGUGGUCAGCAUAUCGAAGGAAGUCCUUUUAGGGUUUUUGUUAAGCAACCAGUCCUGACACCCGUCAAGUCAUUUGGGUCACAUGCACAAGAACAGACAAGUGGAAUGCUGUUACAGCCUCAUGGUGUUGCUGGUAAUAUGUUAGGCCAGAUAGYUAUGUCCGACAGCUUGAAGCACCACAUUCAGGUUUAUACCUCUGAUGGCACCCAAAUGCUUGAGUUUGGUCAAGAAGGAAGUAAUGAUGGCCAAUUCAUGCACCCAAUGUCWAUUGCAUUUGACAAGGCUGAGAGAAACAUCUUUGCUACUGACAGYGAUAACAACAGAAUACAAGUGUUUGAUAUCAAGACAGGAAGAUUUUUGAAAAAAUUUGGAACAGAAGGAAAUGGACCAGGGCAAUUCAAUGGACCUUGUGGCAUCACAAUCGAUGGCAAUGACCGUGUCAUAGUAACUGACUGGAACAACCAUAGAAUCCAAGUGUUCAACCAUGAUGGCAAAUUUCUCUUCAAAUUUGGCGACAGGGGAAGUGAAAGGCUUGUCCACCCAAGAGCUGCCAUUUAUCAUGAUUUUGAGAGCUGUUUCAUUGUUUCAGACACUGGAAACAAUGUCCUCAAAGUAUUUGACCAGAAUGGAAAGUUCUCUCAUGURAUUGGUCAACCAGGUAUAAGACGUGGUGAACUGUGUGGCCCUCGAGGGCUUGCAAUUGACAAGAAUAAUAAUGUAGUAGUGUGUGACUUUGAGAACCAUAGGCUACAGUUCUUUAAAACUGAUGGAACAGUCUUAAAUUCUUUUGGAACAAGCGGUAAAGGUAUUGGUCAGUUUGCCUUUCCCCUGAGYAUAUCAAUUGUUGGAGGUUCAAAGGUCAUUGUUAGUGACUGGGGCAACAACAGAGUUCAAAUUUUCAAAUGCCGAGAUGAGACAGAAUCUCCUUCCAACUACAGUGCAUCAAAUUUGAGUAGAAGGGAGAGCUAUAAAUAGAUUUUUAUCUUAGAUGAAUUAUACUAUAUGCCUCAAUUGAAAGGGCAUAUUGAUUUCAGACCAGAUAUYRUUCUCUUGAAAAUAAGAUUCUUUGUUUGAGGUUCUGAGGUUCCAUAUUCAUGAGUCUUCUCUGUGCAACCAUUAAACAAAGAAAUGUUACUCUAGGGAAUGACACAUAGUCUGAAAUGGGAAAACAU